AUGUUUCUGGCCAUCGGCAUGAUUGCUGCGACAACAAUGACUACAUACACUGUGCCGGGAGUAGACAUAUGUUCCAAGCUGAAUGUUUUCUUGAGCAAUGAAUCUUUUACGUUCCUCGAGAGCCUUGGCUUCAUGUGCAAGCCCGUCAAGAUCGUUCAUGCGUCCGUGGUGUCAUUGGAACCUGAGACGAUGCAAGUCCCAUCUGAAGUUCUUCUUGUCCGAAUAAUCCCUGAUAAAAUGGGCACAUUCAAGGGUUUGCUGAGAGAUCUGUCCCUGAAUAGGGCUCAUCGAUGGAAUCUGACUGAGGAUCUCGUCUUGAAUCAUGAAGCUGUAAACUUGACCCAGUUUCUGGAGAAGGUCAAGUACUGCUUUGUCACGAUCCGCUUGAGCAAGCACAAUCUACAAAGGACAACAUGCCAAGUGCCAUUGAUGUACCUGCGGAACAGGAUUAAUUCAGUCCGGAACGAGAGGAGGAACCCAUACCUCCGCGAUCUUGCCAAUAACAUCGUCGAAUAUCUUGAGGGGUUAUGCCGUACCUCCGGUACUAUGCGAGUAGGAUCAGAAGUGAUGCAAUUUCACGAGGCUGAAGAGAUGCGCGAGAAAGGUAAGACAGGAAGAUAUGAGCAGUAUUCACCGUCACGGUUCUGCCAGUCACAUCAUCAGCCUCAACAGAAUUUGUCAGCUAGAAAGCUCAGGCUGUGA